AUGGGCGAGGCCGAUAGUACCAGCAACCUUACAACUUCAAUCCGCGAAGAUGGACGCUUAGUGGAUGACAGAGUGCCAAAACAGGACAGUGUACCGGAGCUUCCCGCUUCAAACAGUUGGAAUGGGACAGUGAUAAAAGCUAAGGAUCCUUAUGCUCUGAUGCGCGAUUGCAAUGCAAAUUCUCGACUUACCGCGCAGCAUUAUCUCUGGAGAGACCUACUAGGGUUCCUGGUUCAUCCCGAUAUUGAUACUCGGGCCGCUGACUUGAGAGUCGCUGAUGUUGCUACUGGCAACGGUAUUUGGCUUCAGGAUUUUGCUCGUGGAAAACCAACCUCCACAGAUCUUCACGGCUUCGAUAUCAGCCUGGACCAAGUUGGCCCUAAAGCAUGGCUACCCGCGAAUGUACACAUGCAUGUUUGGAACAUCUUUGAAGAUGUACCGGAUGAAACAAUGACCCCCGCCUAUCCUAGCAAACUUGAACAAGCUAUUGAUCCAUUGAAUCAAGGACCCGGCGGCUAUCUUCAGUGGGAUGAGGUUGACACCAUUGGAUGUUCGAUCAAGACCGUGCCUGGGAUUUCGGCCCGUAACCUUGAUACGCUCUUUUCCCAACUCAAAGGCCAUGACACCUGGAAAUAUGAGCUCACGCAAAUCAUGGAUGAAAACGGAUACACUGGCUCAACGCUGUAUACCUAUGAGUACGGACUGGGAAUGGCCCGGUUCUGGAAUGACGUAUAUCUGAGCACGUGGAAAGAAUUUGCAGACAACGCACUCAAAACUCCGGAGGCAUCCAGGAAAUUGGAGCGGAACGCUAUGAUAGAGACUUUGAAUGGUGCUUCGAUCAUGGUUCCAAAAUUGGUAUGGGUAACAAAGAAGAUUGACAUGACAGACGAGUAA